AUGCCGGCUUUGAAUUGGUUCGGCAGGAAGUGGCGCACGUCUUCGGAUGAUUUCACGUACUCUGGUAUAAUCUUUGCUGUAAUCCUCAUAGUAAACGGUAUUCUUGUGUUGACACGUUUUGGAGGUGGUGGCGGUAGCACUUAUAUGCCUGAUUGCCCAAAAGCUACUGAAAGGUUUGCAAUGUGUGUCUUCGCACUUGGUGUUAUCGAUAUCAUUGACGCGACAGUGUUUCUCGUGACAGCGGUACUGAGCUGCCGUGGUGGCCCUUUUCAGGUCUCCCAACGACGCCUCGUACCUUACCUGUUGUACGUGACUACAGCUGUCACGUUGGGGCUGCUGGGGCUUUGCUGCGCGGUGACAAGAUUCGCUUUGUACGGUGAGGAGAUAAGUAGCUGCGGGGCUCUCACACGACACUUUCUCCAUACCACGUUGGUGUUCAAUUUCUUUGUUCCACUGUGCUACAUCAUAAUGCUUGCCAUCGCGUUUGACCCUAGCGGGCGUCAUGGGUGGAAUGACACCACGGAAUAUGAGUCACUGUGGAAGCAACGUUGCCGACUGUUGUGCUGUCGCUGUUUUCAGGCGCCAAGGGAAAAAGAUGCGUUUCAGGACGUUGCCAGAACACUCACUGGUCUCUUUCGAGGGUACGAUAUUGUGCCAAGUGAUGUGGUUGCCGGUAUGCUCCUUGUCCAUGGCAUGCAGAGACGUGCCCUUCGUCUUAAACAGGCAAAUCUGCGGUACCCAUCAGCCGGUGACGGACGCGCAGAACGCAUCUCGUUGCAAGCGCGGAGAUUCCCUCUUUUAACUGAACACCAGAGGAAGCAAGUAGCUGAGCUGCAUUCAUAUAGCAAAUUCUACAUGUCCGCUUAUGGCUGGCCUUUAUACGAGUAUACACACUGCUGCGUUGGUUUGCCAAAACUUUUUUGCUUCGACCCACUAAUGAGUUGUCGUCAGCAUCCAGGUAUACACAAGGGAACGACAUUCUACUGUGAUGUGACAGCCCUACUCAAAGUUUCAGGUAUUUCCGACGAUGACAUUAUUCUUACGAGCUGGGACAACACUCUAUUUCGUCCCGUUUUUUUCGUUGUGAUUGACCGAUGUACAAACGCGGUUGUUGUGGCAAUACGAGGAACCAUGUCUUUUGCUGAUUGUAUCACCGACUUAGUUGCAGUGCCCGAGGUGCUGCAGAUACCGGCUGCCGAGCAGGACACCCACUCAACCAGUGAUGACUACUACGUCCACGGUGGCAUGAAACAUAGUGCGGAGUAUGUAAUGCGCGAGCUUCAACAGAGCGGGAUACUAAAUAGUAUCAUUGAUGGAGAGCUUAAAAACCUCAAGGUCGUUGUGCUUGGUCACUCGCUUGGCGCAGGGGUGGCCACCAUCUUGAGUAUCAUGCUGCAUGCAGCAGAACCGGAACUCCGCAGCCGCCUUCAUUGUCUCGCGUACGCUCCGCCUGGAGGUUUGCUGUCGCCAGCACUUGUUGUCUACAGCAAGAGCUUUGUCACUGGAUGCUUCGCUGGCAAUGAUGUUAUUCCGCGUAUGGCUAGCCACACCUUUGACACCUUAAGAGAGACAAUUUUAGACGCUCUUAUGAAUUCCACUGUGCCAAAGUCACUCCUCUUUAUGAAUAUCCUGCGGACAGAGAAGAUGGUACGUGUGCAGUCCCAUUCGUCGAUGCGUAGUUCCUUGGAGAGACACGCCUUCCGCGACGACCUCCGUCAGACACCGUACACGCCAUUAAGAGAGCCAAAGAAGUUGUUUCCUCCAGCCACACUAGUGCACUUCUGUAAGGCGGUCGUGCGAGGGAAAUGCAUGUGUUGCACAUCCACCACACGCUCUUUCUGCAGUUAUGAGGAGGUCUUUGUACCUGCUUUUGAGACCCCAACGGAUGUGCAGGUGGUGAUGUGUUCGCCCUCCAUGUUCGGGGACCACUUUCCUGAUCGCCUAUUCGACGUUAUUGAAGAAACGACUAACAGACUUGAGUCUGGAGAGCUGGAGCGGUUCUUCUUCUUACCGGAGGGAGGCUCAGGGGAGGGGCCGUGGCUUGACUACGGUAGCACGUUCUCUAAGGAUGUGUCGGAUAUUGUUUAA